CAAGCCAUCAGCCGACGAAACGUGAGAGAUAUUUUUGAAUGUGUUGUUAAUGCGAGUAAACAUAUAUAUUUGUUCAGUACAAAUUUAGGUUUUACAUAAAACUUAUUUGAACCACGUUUCGGCUCAUACGAGUCGAGCUUUCACGAAUGUGUCGUCAAAAGGGACGACCGCAAUUCUAGCAUUCAGUUCAUGAUUGCAAAUUUUCGCCAAUAACUACGGCUUGCUUUUUAGUGCUUUACAGCAAUACAAAUCAAACAUUCAUUUCUUCACUUUGCAAUAAAUGAAUAAUUUAUUACUAAUUCGAUCUCAUAAUAAAUAAUUACAACAGGAAAAGUGUGUUUAUUGCAAAUUUUAAAUCUGAGUGAAAAAAAUAUUUGAAAUCCUGCAUUCCUUCAUCUUGUUAAAAUUCGAGAAGAAAAGUGAAAAAAACGUAACACAUCAAUUUCAACUCCAUUCUACUAAUCCAUGGAGUGGGGAGCUUUAACAACUGCCACCUCGGGACUGGCUCGAGAUGAUCUGAGCAUCCGACGAAAAGCUGGAAUUACGAUCGAUAAGCUGCCCGACAAAGUUCUCUUGAAUAUUUUUUCGUAUCUAUCGCAUCGUGAAAUAUGUCGAACGGCGCGGGUAUGUCGUCGAUGGCGUCAAAUUGCUUACAACACGCAACUAUGGCGAAAUGUAUCUCUACGGCCUGAGGUGUCUGGUUUGCAUGUUGGAUCGUUGGAUAUGCUUCUCUCAUUGAUUUCAGUUCGAUUUGGUGCGUCAUUGCGUUACGUUGAGCUUCCAAUUGAAUUGAUCACUCACACUGUGCUCCAUGAACUGGCUGCCAAAUGUCCAAAUUUGACACACAUGCUGUUAGAUUUUUCAACAGCCAUGCAACUGCACGAUUUCAGCGAAAUGCAAGCAUUUCCAACCAAAUUGAGGUACAUGUGCAUUUGCCUGUCGGAAGUAAUCUUCAUGGAAGGUUUCAUGCGAAAAAUUUACAACUUUAUCAAUGGACUUGAGGUUCUUCACUUGAUUGGAACUUACGAAAAAGUUGAAGAAGAAGAAGAGGAAAUCUAUGAAGUUAUCAACGUACAUAAAUUGAAAUCAGCCACUCCCAAUUUACGUGUCAUCAAUUUGUUUGGUAUCAAUUUCAUCGACGAUUCACAUAUCGAUGCAUUCAGCUCCAAUUGUAUUCAGCUCGAGUGCUUGGCCGUGAAUUUUUGCAAUAAAGUAACGGGAUCAACGCUCAAAGCAUUGAUUGCACGUUCUAAGCGGCUCAUGUGUCUGCUGAUGAAUGGAACAAGCCUUAAAUCCGAGUACGUGAUGCAAGUCGAAUGGGAAAAAUGCGCUUUGCAGGAAUUAGAUAUAACAGCAACCGACUUGUCGACUGAAUGUCUCAUUGAUCUUCUCACUCGUAUUCCGGCGUUGAAAUUCUUGGCGGCGGGUCAAAUCAAUGGCUUCAACGACUCCGUGCUCAAAACUUGGUCAGAAAGUGGUAAAACGGCUCAAAGUCUCAUUGCCUUAGAUUUAGAUUCAUCUGAUAAUUUAACCGAUGAGGGUAUUCACAAAUUCUUACAACGACAUGGCCCACAAUUACAUGCAUGCAUGCUCUCAGGAAUGCCACAAAUAACCGAUCAACUGUGGAUGAGUGUCUUACCGAUUCUCACAAAUGCCAAAAUUGUCGUAAUGGGAACCAAUGAAAAACUCACCGUCAACAUUCAUGUCGAUCAAUUGAUGGAUACAAUCGCGUCGAAUUGUAUGAAUUUAGAGCGUUUAGAACUUCGUUGGGAUCCAGAAAAUCUCCGUUUCUCCGACAAAAGUCAGAAAGCUAUCGAUUUGUUACGUGUGAAAUGCUUGAAAUUGCGCUGUAUGGUCUUGAGCGAUGGACGAUACUAUGAAACAGUUAAGGCGAACUUUGAACGUGCCGAUCGUACGACGGUCGUACGAACGACAACAUGUUGCCGCGUCUCUGCAUACCAUUUGUUACGAAAUUAUGGUGAUUUGGUGUUCAACUAACUUUUCUACAGCCCACAUAUUUCUAAUUUUCACAUACUUUGACUCUAUUGUUUGCAUAAUAUAUAUCAAGUUGCUGAAACUAAAAUGAAAACAUGUAAAUCUUUUUGAGAGAAAGACAAAAAACAGAAAAUAAAUAAUCCAUAUGCGUAAAUAAUCCGACGAGAUGCAACAGAUGAAGUGGGUCAAGGCAAAAAUGUUCUACAAAUGGAA